AUGGCUGCCAUCACCGAAACCCCCACGACAGGCCUUCUCAACCUUGAGAAAGAGCUCGUCUGUUUCAUUUGCACUGAAGUCCUCUACCAACCGCUCACCCUUCUCGACUGCCUGCACACCUUCUGCGGCUCUUGUCUGAAGGAAUGGUUCUCCCACCAAUACCGCAAAGCAAUCCACUCGCGUACCCCAUCGUCCACGAACCCGUACACCUGCCCAACAUGUCGCGCCCCUGUCAAAACUGCCCGGCCGUAUGCGAAGAUCAAUACCUUGUUGGAAAUGUUCUUGAUCGCAAACCCUGACAAGGAUAGGACUCCGGAAGAGAAGGCCGAGAUGUCGCAGGCGUAUAAACCAGGAGAUGAGAUUCUCCCAAAGGUGGAAAAUCACAGGAGACGGGAGAGAAGAAGGCGCGAAGAGGAGGAGUCGGCGCCGGGAGAUUCGAGGAAUGGGGAGGGCGGACAGCGUGAGAGAAGCAGACGUGACCAACACUUGGACCCCGCUUCGGCUGAUACCAGACGAGGCACUAGUGGAAGCAGUAGAAGUCGGGAGCGAAGAGAGACAGCAGAAAGACAAAGAGAUGCCGACCGCCGCCAGAGACAUGAACAGCAGCCCGCUUCAGAUGCGACCUCCUCUCGACCGCGAACAGCAGCGUCUUCCAAUUCGGCGGAUCUAUCUUCACUCUCUCCUCCACCCAGCUCACCUAGGCAUCCCGAGGCCGUCGAGGCGCGUCAAAGGGGUGCCCGAACUGUGGCUCAUCAAGCAAGUUUGAUUUCCAUUGUGAGCGCUUCGGAAAGCGGCACUGGCACUGGUGAUAGUUUGGACGAGGGGCGGCUAAUGCAAGAGAUUCUAGCCGAAGGCCUUUUGGACGGCAUCAACAUUGAUGAAUUGACAGAACAAGAACAGGACGCGCUCAGUGAAACCAUCGCCGAGCGUAUCAGGCAAUUGCACCCGGAGAGACUUCGUCGACCAGGUUCAGAUGACAGUAGGCAUGACAGUCAUGGGGCUACGACGAGGCCGCCGGCAUCGCAGAUUGAAGAACCCGCUCGUCGUUCCCGUCAGUCAUCUAGGAAUAACAAUCGCGAACGGACGCAGCCAAGUCCAAGAUCGAGUCAUAAUGUGGUUAUCGGGGGUAACGAGACUCGACCUCCAACGGCUUCGUCGCAGUCAGCAGCGGAGCAGUUAUUGACGCCGCCACAUACUUCGGUUCAACGACGGCGAGCCUCUGAUGAGAGUCGAAGAAGCGAAAAUUCUGGACUGAGAACAGAGCGAACACCUCAUCCUGCAGCGAGGUCGGCAACAGAUCUCUCCAACAGGCCUUCCUCAAAUGCAAGUAGCGCGGCUCGCAUUCAGCAACUCCAGCAACUCCCACAGGCACACAGGUCAAACACAGAGCCCAGGACCUCUCCAAGAGCCUCUGAAGUGUGGCAAGCUGCUGGUGGACGUAAUAUAUCUAGUCCGCCACAAGUUGCUUCGCCGGCUCAACAGUCACCAAGGCCUGAUUUUGCCCAGCCUCUCAUGUCGAGCAUCGCGACCGGUCCUGUUCCUACCUCAAUUCCAACUCUGGACCCAGCAGCCCGUGCUCCUGAACCAUCGGAGUUAUCCGCUGGCAAUGCGCCGAACAGGUCUGAGGAACCCUAUAUUGUGUGCUCGCGGUGUUCGCGUCCGAAUAUCCAGUACGAGGUCCACAAGCAUUGUGCCCCUUGCAAUGUUGAUCUUUGCCUGCGGUGCUACAGAACCGGUCGGGGAUGCAAUCACUGGUUCGGCUUCUAUCGCUCCGCUAUGCCCAAAUUCAACGCUUCUCAUCCGCCAAAUCGGAACAAUCAGUCUGUCGGACUGCCUCACUUGUUGGUUGGUCGGCAAUAUCAGAGGCCGUCCAGACAACAUAGUACAACUCCAAAUGCAUCCUCGCGCUUAAGAGAGGGAAACUUCUGUGAUCGGUGUGGUAGUCUUGCGAACGAUUACUUCUGGUCGUGUGACUACUGCAAUGAGGGCGAGUGGGGAUUUUGCAACGAUUGUGUGAAUACCAACCAUUGCUGUGAUCAUCCCUUGUUGCCAGUGGCCUACAAAUCUUCCGACUUGAACGCCGCAAGCUCUAGAAUCGGAGGAGGCUCGGCCGCUGUCACAUUGAGCCCAUACAGUGCUGGCGGGCGCGAUGUCUCUCCUGCUCAGAGCGCAGCUUCGAGUGUUACUUCCGCAGCUGGGCCUUACCCUGGUGUCCGGCCCGACUUUGUACCGUUGGAUGUUAAAACUAAUUGCGAUAUUUGCUCUCGAUCGAUUUCACCUCAAGAGACCCGGUACCAUUGUCCUACGCACCCGACUCCCUCUCCAGAAAAUUCUGGCCUGAAAGGUGAUUACGAUAUAUGCAGCACUUGCUACAGGCGCUUCGUCGAGACGGGCCAGAUCAAGCAUGAAGAUGGGCCAGACGGCUGGCGUCUCUGUCCCGACGGACACCGAAUGAUUGCUGUGGCAUUUGAACGGGAUGACGAGGGCAACGAACGUCGAAUCAUCACCCGUGAUAUUGUUGGCGGUGUGCAAAUGGCGGAUGCAGAUGUGGCGGCAUGGAAACUGGCGAUGAAAAAUCUGCACCGUGUUGAUAGAGCAACUCUUUCCGCUGUGCGAGGCGACUGGAGCUGGCGAGAAGACGAAGCCGGAACGCGACGCAAAACUCGAGCUAGAGCCGCCACUCUGCCACGCUCAGGGGUGCAGCUCCCUCCGGAUGGCGGCUGGGGUAAGGCUUACGUCGCCAGGUGGAGUUAUUACCCUCCUGAACAUGACAACAAGGCCAAGGACGAGCUGAUGUUCCCGAAGCAUGCGACUGUACGCGAGGUGGAGGAAAUCAACGACGAGUGGUGGUUUGGGGUAUACGCAGGGGAUGCCGGCGUGUUCCCGGCGAUAUUCCUGAAAAGCAGAGCUUGA